AUGGCAGAGCAUGACGACAAUAUAGAUGCUUGUAGUCAGGAUCCCAUUGAUGAUAUUCAGGACCAACUAUCAGAGCCUAUCGAAGGCGAAGAAAUGCAAGUACAACGAGUACUCAUCAGAAAGGCAAUCAUGGAUGCAAUCAGCAGAGAUCAUCCAAAGAUACAAGUCACUCCAGAAUUUGUAUAUGCAUUGGGCGAGGUAGUUGUCCGACAUGCAGAACUCAUGGGUGCUGAUUUGGAGAGCUUUGCCAAACACGCCAAGCGGAGCGUCAUAUCAGUGGACGAUGUCAAGCUGUUUGCACGAAGGAAUAUUGGAUUGCAAGAAAAGAUACGCAAUGCAGAGGCUGCGGGAGGAGGACAGAAGCGGAAGCACAAGUCAUAA